CACAGAAGUUCCUUCAAGAGUUUGUCGGGAGCCAGUCUGCCCGCCGGAGCAUGGAAGAGUUGGCGAGAGAGAGCAUCAGCCUGCUGGCCAAGCCCGCCUUAGAUUCGGGAAGCCCUCGGCUCAGCUCGCUGGGUGCAAUCUUCAUCAUGCUGAAGUCUGCCCUGGGCGCCGGUCUACUUAACUUCCCCUGGGCUUUCGAGCGUGCGGGAGGGAUCCGCGCCGCCGUCGCGGUGGAAAUGGUAUGCAUGGUCUUCCUGAUCAGUGGGCUGGUCAUCCUGGGGUACUCCUCCUCCAUCAGUGGCCAGACGACCUAUCAGGGCGUAGUACGGGGCAUCUGCGGCCCUGCCAUUGGCCAGAUGUGUAACGUGGUGUUCAUCUUCAACCUGUUCGCCAUCUCCGUGGCCUUCCUGAUCAUCGUGGAGGACCAGCUGGAGAAACUGUGUGCUUCCCUGUACGAGCUGGUGACCAGACGUCCGGAGGCUGACAUGCCGCACCUCUGGUACACCGACCAGCGCCUCGCCCUCACGCUGCUCUGUGUCUUUCUCGUCCUCCCCCUCUCCAUGCCCAAAGAGAUCAGCUUCCAGAAGUACAUCAGUGUGUUAGGGACCCUGGCUGCCACCUACCUGACUGUCGCCAUCAUAAUUAAGUACCACACCAGACCAGCACAAAAUGUCUCAGGUUACAGCAGUGGCAUCAGUUCCUGGGCCUCCAUGUUCAGUGUAAUUCCCAGUAUCUGCUUUGGCUUCCAGUGCCAUGAGGCUAGCAUCACCAUCUACAGCAGCAUGGAGAACAAGAAGCUCUCCCAUUGGGUGUUUAUCUCUGUGGUUUCCAUGGUUAUCUGCCUCAUCAUCUACUCUCUCACUGGGAUUUAUGGGUACUUGACAUUUGGGGAGGAUGUGGCGGCGGACAUUCUGAUGUCGUACAGAGGCAACGAUGUUCUGAUGUUUGUCGCCAGAGUGCUGUUUGGGAUCUCCAUCGUCACCAUCUACCCCAUAGUGGUGCUGCUCGUCAGAUCGGUCAUCCAGGCACCCCUGCUAACCCUGCGACGGCGUGUCGCCGUGGUGACCGAGGCGUUUGAGAGUCGUUGCAGGUAUGGCCUGACGGUGGCGUGGAUCACCGUGACGAUGCUGAUCGCCAUGUUCGUACCCGACAUCAGCAAGGUCAUCAUCGUCAUCGGAGGAAUCAGCGCUUUCUUCAUCUUCAUCUUCCCAGGUCUGUGUCUGAUCUUCGCCAUGCAGUCGGAGCCCGUGUCCUGGUGGACGCGCCUUGCCCUGACCUCCUGGGGCUCCGUCACCCUGCUCUGCGGGGCCUUCAUCUUCGGUCAGAGCACCACCACCGCCAUCAUGCAGCUCCUCCACCACGUCUGACCAACCUGGCAACAGCCGGCGCAUCAUCCACCAAAUAUAUAUUGUAAUUAAAAAAUAUAUAUAAUCCGUCGCCCCCCGACAACCGGCUGUUACCACGAGGACCAUCCGUGAACUGUGAACGACUGGUUACCACAGCGACCACCCUUAUGAAAAUGUGCUGGAACUUUCUGUUGGAGAGGAGAAGCUCCCUGUUUCAAGCCAUACCGUGAUGAAGAUCAGGUUCAUAAGACAUGAUCAUGAUACCAUCUGGCGUUUUCUGUGAACUAUGUCAUGCUGAUGUUUUUAUACUGAUGAUUGGUGCUAAGGUAAAGUGUUGUCUCCUGGCAACUGCAUAACAUGGCAUGUGUGUCACGUUGCUCUCGGUUGUCUAUGGCAACACACACUAAGCCAGGCUUAAAACCUUGUUUGUUAUGUAUAUAAACACCACUCUGCAUAACACUGUAUCUCUGAAUAAACAAAAUGUUUUUAUAUGAA